AUGUCUGAAAAAGUGGAAGCAUAUCUCGCCAAAAAUAAGAAGACUGCGAAAGCGGAUGUUGCUGACAUUUGGUUGAAGUUUGAGCAGCUUUAUGGGAGGAAACUAUGGCAUCAACUAACUCAAGAAAUUCGUGCCGCCCAAGCAAACCCUGCUUUUACUGCAUCGUUAAAUCAGAAGGAAUUCUACGAUGGAUUCAUAUCUGAGUUUGAACAUCGUAUCAACGCUUUACAACUUGUUGAAAUCGUACUACCUAUUGCCAAGUUCAUUUUUGGAAAAGAUAAGGAAGCUGCUUAUGAUUUCCUCUCAAAGAUUGAGAAAACUGUGAACAAGGACAAGAUCGCUCUUGCUCGUGUUCAUGCAGGUCAAAUCGAACUUCGACUCAACCACAAAGACUCCGGUGAUCGUCUCGUCGAUAUCAAAAAAGUACGGGAUAUGAUUGAGUCGACGCAGAAGGAAAUUGAAAGCUUUCUGGGAGUUACCGAAGCCCAUGCGCCUUUUUACAAGGUCAGUGCUAUGUAUCUAAAAGAAAUUGGUGAUUUUGCCGGAUAUUAUCGCGAAGCUCUCAGAUAUCUUGGCGUUGAAGAUAUCACUAAAAUGACUGCAGAGGAAAAACAUGUGCAGGCAGUACUGAUUGGAUUUGCUGCCCUCCUCGGCGAAAAUGUAUACAAUUUCGGUGAAUUGCUUGCUCAUCCUAUUCUCAAAGCACUUGCAGGAUCAAGUGAAAAGUGGCUUUCUGAUGUGUUACACGCCUUCAAUUGUGGUGAUCUUAAUAAGUUCUACUCGUUGGAAAAACAUUGGUCUGAAUGGGAUGACUUGAAGAGAAAGAAAGAUUUUCUUGUUGGAAAGAUCCGCCUCUUAGCCAUUAUGGAGUUGGCUCUCGCACGACCAUCGAAAGAACGGAAAAUUUCCUUUAGGGAAAUAGCCACAAAGUGCCAAGUUUCCACCAGUGAGGUCGAGCUUCUUGUUAUGAAAGCCUUGAGCAAAGAUUUGGUAAGAGGUGCUAUCGACCAAGUUAAUCAAAAUGUCCUCAUCACAUGGGUACAACCGAGAGUAUUGAAUACUAGCCAGGUAUUGCUGAUGGCGAACCGCAUUGCAGCUUGGAGCAAAGAUGUUAUCGCAAUGGAAAAUAUUGUAAGCGAAAAUGCCCGAGAAAUCCUCACUAAGUCGUAG